GUCACAAUAGAAGAGGCGGGGCCUGCGGACACAGGGAGACGGAGGGACGUUCAAUGGCUGCCCUCUGUCGCCCUCUGGCUCUGUCGAGGCUGCUGCAGCUGCUGCCCCUGCGGCUGCCCCUGCUGCUGCUGCCCCUGCUGCAGCUGCUGCCCCUGCUGCAGCUGCAGCUGCUGCUGCCCUUGGGGGUGGCUGCCCUGGACGGGGCAGCUGAGGCAUCGCUCGCCGUGGGAGGGGAUCAAGUGUGCAGCCUUCCAGGGCAGCCGCUUCAAUGCUGCCCGGGAUGGAGGAAAAGCGGAGAAGUCUGCAGCAUCGCUGUGUGCGAGGGGGCGUCGGCGUGCCGGGCAGGGGAAGUUUGCGUGCGACCGGGGGAGUGCCGCUGCCCAAGCGGACACCACGGAGAGAACUGUGAUGAAGAGUGCCCCCCGGGCUACUGGGGCCCCGCCUGCCUCUCCGAGUGCCCUCCCGGGUGCCACCCGGCCCGGGGUGGAGGCCGCUGCGACGCCGAGACCGGCCGCUGCUCCUCCUGCCGGCAGGGCCGCUGGGGCCCCCAUUGCCGGCAGACCUGCGCCUGCCGCCCCUGGGGCACCUACGGUAGACGCGGUGGCGGUGGCAGAGGACGAGGAGGCGGUGGAGGAGGCUCGCCCACGGUGGCCUCCAUGCCGCCGGGCUGCGCGAUGGCCGAUGGCUCCUGCCCGUGCCGGCCGUGGUGGUGGGGACGCAAUUGCUCCAACCUCUGCUACUGCAACCUGGCCGCCAGCGAGCGCUGCGACGUGCUCACGGGAAAAUGCGUGUGCAUUGUGGUGUUCAGGCCCGGCUGGUGGGGUCGCAGCUGCUCGUGGCCGUGCGCGUGCUCGGGGUCACCGUGCGCACAGGUCACGGGGUCAUGCACCGCGUGCCGCGCCGGCCAAUGGGGGCCUCUGUGCGCGCGACGCUGCUCCUGCGGGCCCCACCCCGCAACAGCCGCCGACGCCCACGGCCCAUUGGCUCCUAACGGCACCCUCGCCCCGCCUACUCACGGCGCGGCCACGCCCACAAGCGAGGCGGUCACGCCCACAAGCGGCGAGGCCACGCCCCCCGAGCCUGCCCUGAUGCUGGAAGAGACUCAGGCCCCGUGUGACCCCGUGACAGGCGCCUGCUUCUGCCCGCCCGGCUUCAGCGGCCUCCUCUGUGCCGCUCCGUGCCCUGGCGGCUUCUACGGCGGCAGCUGCAGCAGGAAUCACGUGAGAGAAGACACUGUCUCUGUCCCCAGCUGUGACGCGCCCUGUGGGAACGGUUCCUAUGGAGACGCCUGCGCCCAGCCCUGCCCGCCGUGUUGCCAUGGCGACUGUCACCACGUGACUGGCCAGUGCGUGUGCCAGCCCGGUUACCAUGGAAACAGCUGCAACGUCUCGUGCCCUCCGGGCUUCCACGGAGCAAACUGCUCCGUGCAGUGCGGCUGCCUCGCCGGCUCCUGCGACCCCAUCACCGGCGCCUGUGCAGGCCCCUUCAGCUACAUGCCACUGGCGGCCGCAGCCGGCAGUCUGCUGCUGCUCGUCCUGCUCAUCAUCCUCGUCGCCGCCUGCUGUCGCUGCUGCUGCUGCUGCCGCCGUGGCGACCGCGAGAAGCCGGCCAAUGAGAUUCUCCGGAAGAGGAUCACCUCCCAGGACUCCCCUCUCCCGGCCCGGGGUUGCCCCGGGAUUUUUUUCUGCGGACGACAGAAGCUUCCCCAGGUUACCGUCCACCACCACGACCGCGAAUUGGCCUUCAGCUGCAGCUACAUUGAGACGAGCUCCGUGCAGAGGGACAGCGUCGACGUUUCUUCGUCUCCCUCCUCCUCGUCCUCCUCCUCAUCCUCCUCCUCCUCCUCCUCGCAUGUCUUCAGCUUCUUGGGGGCUGACGAACAGUGCUUCUACUCCAUACCGGAGGGCGAGGCAUGGGGGGGCAAUUACCGCCGUGCCCGUGACCCCGACAGCUCGAGCGGGACCCGUCCCCACCUCCUCCUCCUCUCCCCGCCUGCCCUCGCCGCUGCCCGGGCUGGGAGAGAGCCCCGCCGAAGGGGACGCCGUGGGAGGGGUCCCCUUGGCGGCGUGGAAGGGGGGCACGGCUGGGGAGGAUCCCGAGGUGGUGGUGGGUGGUGGUGGCGGUGGUGGUGCAGGUGGUGGUGGCUACGCCGUUCCACAACACGGAGACAGCGGAGUCUAUGCCAGGCCUCUGCCAUCACCGUCGCAGGCGAGCGGCCCGAGGCCCUCGCUGGGCCCGAGGCGUCCCAGCGGAGCGCGGCACCGGCGGCGGCGCAGCAGCAGCAGCCUGCGGCCCGCCAACGACGGAGGGGGCGCGCCGGCGGUGUCGCGAGGACGGCGAGCGGCAACGUCUACGAGGCGGUGCACACCGCCCUGCGCCGUCUCCGCUACGGCAGCAGCCGCGUCGCCAAGGGCGGCGGCGGGCAACGGCCGGAGGCCAUCGACGGCCGCCGCCGCUGCCGCCGCCGCCGCUGA